AGGCGCAUGCGUACAUCUCUGAAGGCUGAAAAUUCCUCCCUUCACCUUACUUUCCCACCGCUUUUCAAGGGAAAUGUCACACGCAGGCGUACUUCCGGUUGAGAACGGCCGUAAAGGGGAAUAAGAACUUAUUUCACACGGCAGGGAAUGUUAUCAAGACGCGUGCGUAUUGUGUAGGGUGAAACUAGGGCUCAAGGGUGUGAAUUUUCUGGCGCGGCCGGAAGUGUCAGGAGAGACCGGAGCGGAGCGUCCGAUUUGUCUCCCCCUCACCCACUGCGGGCACUAUGGAGCCGGGAGCUUGAGGGAGGAGCUGUUGCUUUUACUCCAGACAUGCUAGCUGAUCCCCUUGGUGCAGGUACAGUCUACUCUGCAGUAUAGAGGCAUUAUGUACUCAGAGUGGAGGUCCCUGCAUCUUGUAAUUCAAAAUGAUAAGGGACAUACCAGCGUACUUCACAGCUACCCUGACAAUGUGGGAAGAGAGGUGGCAAAUGCAGUUGUGCGUCCUCUUGGCCAAGUCUUGAAUGCUCCGUCAGCAGCUAGCAGUGAGAGUUUACUGAAAACAGACAAAGAAGUAAAAUGGACUAUGGAGGUAGUUUGUUAUGGACUGACUCUCCCUUUAGAUGGUGAUACUGUAAAGCACUGUGUUGAUGUAUAUACAGACUGGAUUAUGGCUCUGGUCUUUCCUAAGGACUCAAUUCCUCUACCUAUUAUUAAAGAACCAAAUCUUUAUGUUCAGAGCAUUCUCAAACAUCUACAAAAUCUCUUUGUACCGAGGCAGGAUCAAGGUUCCAGUCAGAUUAAAUUGUGUUUGCAAGUUUUGAAAGCUGUCCAGAAAUUGGCUCGUGAAUCAACCACUAUGGCUAGAGAAACAUGGGAGGUUUUAUUAUUAUUUCUCCUACAGAUUAACGAUACUCUGCUGGCAGCUCCAACAGUACAAGGAGGUAUCGCUGAGAAUCUGGCAGAGAAACUAAUUGGUGUGUUGUUUGAAGUCUGGUUAUUAGCAUGUUCCCGCUGUUUUCCCACACCACCUUACUGGAAAACUGCCAAAGAAAUGGUAGCAAACUGGAGGCAUCAUUCUGCAGUAGUAGAACAGUGGAGCAAAGUCAUCUGUGCCCUUACUGCUAGAUUGCUACGUUUUACAUAUGGACCUUCAUUCCCACCUUUUAAGAUUCCUGAUGAAGAUGCCAGUUUGAUUCCUCCUGAAAUGGAUAAUGACUGUGUUGCCCAGACUUGGUUUCGCUUUUUACAUAUGCUGAGUAAUCCUGUGGAUUUGAGUAAUCCAGCAAUUAUAAGCUCAACCCCUAAAUUUCAGGAACAGUUUCUGAAUGUGAGUGGAAUGGCUCAGGAAUUGAAUCAGUAUCCCUGCCUUAAACAUCUGGCUCAAAUAUUCUUCCGUGCUAUGCGUGGGAUCAGUUGCUUAGUGGAUGCAUUUUUAGGAGUUGCUGUCUUUACAACCAGUGGGUGUGAAAGAUUACCCAGAUAUGGUAUUUCAAGGCCUCGGGCAGACAGUGCUCCACCCACGCCAGUAAAUAGAUUGAGCAUGCCCCAUACUACUGCUGUCAACACAACUCCACCUCACACCAGAAAGCAUCGAGCUGUAACUGGGAAUAAACCAAUACUGAAAAACAGCAUAGCUAGCACAGCUCAUGCUUCCAAAGUACACCAGCCAUCCUCCACUUCUCCACUAUCUAGCCCAAACCAGACCAGUUCUGAGCCUCGGCCACUCCCUGCUCCCCACAGGCCAAAAGUUAACAGUAUCCUGAACCUCUUUGGAUCGUGGCUAUUUGAUGCAGCCUUCGUUCACUGUAAGCUUCAUAAUGGAAUUAACAGAGACAGCAGUAUGACUGCUAUAGCAACACAAGCUAGUGUGGAGCUUCGCCGGAAAGGAUCACAAAUGUCUACAGAUGCUAUGGCAUCCAAUCCCAUGUUUGAUGCAGGCGAGUUUUCGGACAACUAUGAAUCUGGCAGAGCAGAGGCGUGUGGAACACUUUGUAGGAUAUUUUGUAGCAAAAAGACUGGGGAGGAUAUACUGCCAGCCUACUUAUCCCGAUUUUACAUGCUUUUAAUUCAGGGUUUGCAGAUAGCAGAUUCCGUUUGCCACCCAGUUCUGGCUAGUGUUAUUCUAAACUCUCCUGCACUGUUCUCCUGUGACCUGAAAGGGAUUGAUGUCUUAGUUCCUUACUUUAUUUCAGCCCUUGAAACUAUUUUACCUGACAGGGAACUCUCAAAAUUUAAAACUUAUGUGAAUCCCACAGAGUUAAGAAGAGCCUCUAUCAAUAUCUUACUCUCUUUGUUGCCUCUUCCCCAUCAUUUUGGAACAAUAAAAUCAGAGGUUGUUCUGGAAGGAAAAUUCAGCAAUGAUGACAGUUCAUCCUAUGAUAAACCAGUAACAUUCCUUUCCUUGAAGCUGAGGCUUGUGAAUAUACUAAUAGGAGCCCUGCAGACCGAAACGGAUCCCAACAACACACAGAUGAUACUAGGUGCAAUGUUGAACAUUGUGCAAGAUUCAGCACUUCUAGAAGCCAUUGGCUGCCAGAUGGAGACAAAUGGUGGUGAGAACACUGCCUUGAAAAGUCACAGUCGCACUAACAGUGGCAUUAGCACCACAAGUGGAGGAAGCACAGAACCCACUACUCCUGACAGUGAGAGACCAGCACAGGCUCUCUUAAGGGAUUAUGCUCUUCAUACAGAUACAGCAGCCGGACUCCUCAUUCGCAGCAUUCAUCUGGUAACACAAAGACUCAAUGCACAGUGGCGGCAGGAAAUGAGCAUCUCGUUAGCUGCACUAGAGCUUCUUUCUGGUUUGGCAAAGGUGAAGGUUGGCGUUGAUUCUUCUGACAGGAAGAGAGCAAUUAGCUCUGUGUGCUGUUACAUUGUGUACCAGUGCAGUCGUCCAGCCCCUCUCCACUCCAGAGAUCUUCACUCCAUGAUAGUAGCAGCAUUUCAGUGUCUCUGUGUCUGGCUCACUGAACAUCCAGACAUGCUUGAUGAAAAAGACUGUUUAAAAGAAGUACUGGAGAUCGUGGAACUGGGCAUCUCAGGAAGUAAAUCCAGAAACAGUGACCAAGAAGUCAAGUACAAAGGAGAUAAGGAACCUAAUCCUGCUUCCAUGAGGGUGAAGGAUGCAGCUGAAGCAACCCUCACAUGCAUCAUGCAAAUACUUGGAGCUUUUCCUUCACCCAGUGGCCCUGCCUCACCUUGCAGCUUGGUGAAUGAGAUCACCUUAAUUAAAUACUCCCGCCUACCUUCCAUAAACAAAUACAGUUUCCGCUACUUUGUCUUGGACAACAGUGUCAUCCUCGCAAUGUUGGAGCAACCCCUAGGGAAUGAGCAAAAUGACUUUUUCCCUUCAGUCACCAUUUUGAUCCGUGGAAUGUCUGGAAGACAUGCCUGGGUCCAGCAACUCAGCCUAUUGCCCAGAGGAGCCAAGGCAAAUCAAAAGAUGUUUAUCCCAGAACCUCGUCCUGCACCUAAAAAUGAUGUUGGACUCAAAUAUAGCGUGAAACACCGGCCAUUUCCUGAGGAAGUAGACAAGAUUCCUUUUGUGAAAGCUGACCUGAGCAUUCCAGACUUGCAUGAAAUAGUUACUGAGGAACUGGAGGAGCGGCACGAGAAGCUAAGAAACGGUAUGGAUCAGCAAGUUCUUUAUGAGAAGUCUAUAGAUCAGCAGAUGGAGGAAGACUGGAGGAAGAAGAAUUUCCCUGACCCAGUCACAGAGUGCAAGCCGCCACUUCCUGCACAGGAGUUCCAAACAGCACGCCUCUUCCUCUCUCACUUUGGAUUUCUGUCGCUAGAAGCAUUGAAGGAACCUGCUAACAGCAGAGUACCUCCUCACCUGAUUGCACUUGAUUCUUCUCUACCUGGGUUUUUUGAUGACAUUGGCUAUCUGGAUUUGCUGCCAUGUCGUCCUUUUGAUACAGUGUUCAUUUUCUACAUGAAGGCGGGUCAAAAAACAAGCCAAGAAAUUUUGAAGAAUGUAGAGUCUUCCAGAAGUGUUCAGCCACACUUCCUAGAGUUCUUGCUCUCUCUUGGCUGGUCAGUUGAUGUGGGAAAACAUCCUGGAUGGACGGGGCAUGUUUCAACUAGCUGGUCCAUUAACAGCUUCUGUGACGAAGAACGGUCUGAGCAAGAUGAAAUAAUUUCUUCAGAAGACAUUGGGGCAUGUAUCUUCAAUGGGCAAAAGAAAGUCCUAUAUUAUGCGGACGCUCUUACAGAAAUAGCUUUUGUUGUUCCCUCACCUGUGGAGUCAUUAACUGAUUCUUUGGAAAGCAAUGCCUCGGAUCAGGAAAGUGACUCAAAUAUGGAUCUGCUACCUGGAAUACUAAAGCAGCCAGCACUGACACUUGAGCUCUUCCCCAGUCAUACAGACAAUCUUGGUUCUUCACAGAGGCUCAGUCCAACUUCUAGAUCAAAGAAAUUGCCACAGGGUCGGGCUGUUCCUCCAAUGGGACCUGAAACCAAGGUGUAUGUGGUCUGGGUUGAACGUUAUGAUGAUAUAGAGAACUUUCCUCUCUCUGACUUUGUUUCAGAGACCAGCACUGGAGUAGAAACUACAACAAACAGCAGCACUUCAUUGAGGUCUACUACUCCUGAAAAAGAGGUUCCAGUGAUUUUCAUCCAUCCCCUAAAUACUGGAUUAUUCAGGGUAAAAGUGCAAGGAGCUGCUGGGAAAUUCAACAUGGUCAUCCCACUGGUGGAUGGAAUAGUAGUUAGCAGGAGAGCUUUAGGCUUCUUAGUGAGACAGACAGUAAUAAAUAUUUGUCGAAGAAAAAGGCUGGAAAGUGACUCGUACAAUCCCCCUCAUGUCCGUCGAAAACAGAAAAUAGCUGACAUUGUCAACAAAUACAGGAACAAACAGCUGGAGCCAGAAUUUUAUACCUCUCUUUUCCAGGAGGCUGGGCUCAAAAACUGUAAUCCCUAAACCAAUAUCCUCCCUGAACAAUUAGAUCAGAACUUGGUGUCUACGGUAAUGAAAAAACCUUCCCCAUCUUGGAACGCCUGUAUAAAGAAACCACAACCUGAGCAUGACUUCUGCUUCUACUGAGCAUGACUUCUGCUUCUUGCCCUGAAAGUCAGCUUCACACCAUCAGUUGCUGCAGAGGGACAAAAUUUUACCUUCAGUCACUACUUAGUAAUGUGGAUGUGUAACAGAGAGAGAGGGUUAAUUGCACUUCCACUUCCGCUUUCACAUAAAAUGCCAGAUUCUGAGCAUACAACUAACAUCUGAAGUUUCAUAGUUGGUUUCGCUUAGCAGGUUGGGCUUAAAGGCAAAUUCUUUCAGACAGAGACCAUGAAAUUAAAAUAAAUGCUUGUCCCACAGUGUGUUUAGCUUGCUUUCCCACUUACAGGCAGGCCUGGUACCAGAUUAUUUUUAACCCUACUAUAGAGAAGCUCCAUUCUUGCUACUGCUGCUACUCCUCCAUAUCCAGGAUGCAUGUGCCAUACCAUAGGUCAAUGGCUCAAAGAUUAUUUACCUUUGUAGGUUGCAGUCAUUCUCUGCCUGCUGCUGGCCUGUCCAGGAUAAAAGCCCUGGGGUAUUAGUGGGGGUGCAAAGAAAGUUGUUCUUUGAACUAGGGAUGGUUUGGUCUGUUUUUAAGACAGCUUUAAAAGGCCUGUGUAGUGGUUUAUCCCAAUUAUAUUUGACCAAUACAUAAUUCCAUCUGUGUCUUCUGAAUUCUAGAAACCUAAUUUCUCAUCAGACUUGUCCACCCUUUUAGAAGUAAAAUCCUUAUCAUGGAAAGGAUGCAAUUGGAAUAUACGUCCAUCUCUGCACGUAAGGAUGGAAAACUAGGUACAUGCCAUCUUACUGUGAAACCUGACUUCUGAACUGCAAACAUACUUUACAGAAGGGAACAGACGAUUCUUUGUAUUUCCCACAUUUUAUACAUUCAUUGUAAUUAAAGAGGUGGAUUUCUUUUAAAAAACAUAGUUAUCCAAACUGACUACAAGCCUAGGCACACCAUGGCUGUCUCAUGUCAUUGGAAGUAAAGACCUAUGUAAGUUAAAUGUAGGGUCAUAAAAAAUUAUCUGAUAACCAUGUGCCUCAUCAUAUACUUCAGAAUAGUCACAAGUGUUGGAAAUGAAAUGAUUUUAUCCUUGCUUUGUAAGUAUAUCAGACUAGAAUUAUACAUUACUAGCAAUUCAUGGUGUCUGCAAAAACAGCUAACAAUGUUGGCACCACAAUCCCCACCCUUAACAUCUACAUUGCUGCAAAUUUCCCUGGUCUCCCUUCAUUCCGUUGGCUACUGUGUUUUGUAUUACUAGACAUUACUGGAGGGGAAAGAGGUGGCUGCCUGUUUUGGUGGUGGCAGACAUGUUUCUUACAAUGUCUAGAUCCAUGCUUAAGAAACAUCUCUGUGUAGCUUUAAAGAAAAAAAUAUUAGAUCACUGGGUUUUCCUGCUGUCGAUACUUAAGCCUAAGGCAGGAUAGUUUCAAAAUAACCUUUUCUUAAGCUUAUAAAAACUCUUAAAAAUCCACCUUCCCAUUUUAUAAAUGGAGACCAUCUCUUCCAAAAGGGAAUCCAGAAAACCAUGCUUUGUGGACGAACUCUCUGGAGAUGGGGGUUAUUCAAGAGAGUGAUGUUGCAUUUUCAGAAAUAAGAGAUACAAACCUAAUUCUUAACACAUUUAUUUGGAAGCAAGUGUAUUGAUUUCAUUGGAGUUUGAUUCUUAGUAAGCAUAUAGUAUGAUAUUCAAGUACGCAAGAAUUAAGUUUCUAAGUUCCCAAGUCAGUUUGGUGCUUUUGAGGUUUUUUCUUUUUUUAGUAACUGCCUUAACACAAUGAAUGAGGGUUAGUACACUUUAUUUGCUGUUGCAUACUUGCAGGGUAUUGCUACAAUGUGUUAAAGGUUAAUAUAUUAAAAAUACCUAUUUAGAAGCAAACAUCACCAAAAUUAAGGCAGUUCACUUCAUAGCAACACCUUAAUAUUUAGGAUCGACUACUGAGGCAUCAGCAUAGUAUUCUUGCAAAUCUUAACCUAUUACUAAAACAAAGCUGAACAAUUCUAGAGGACAAUUAACUCAAUUCUUCCAAGGAAUAUCCAAUAUUAAUAACAGUGUGGGUUGCUUACAAUUGAUGAUAACAAUAUUCUUGUUUUAAUUUGUUUAUCUUUAUUUAUCAAACAUAGAUUAUCUGAUUUUCCAUGAUGGCAAAAAUAGUCAGUCUUCUGCAGCAAGUUAACCUCUCUCCCACUGUUAAUGGCACACAAGUUGUUGGGCCUUUUCAAUUUCUAAAAUUAUGUAGUAUGUGUAUUUAUUUUCUGGGUGAUAUUCAUUGCUGGCCGUAUUCAGAAUACACCCUUUCCAGUUAAUAGACAUGACUAACUUAUGUUAAUUUCAGUAGGUCUACUCGGAGUAGGACUUGGUUUAAUACAACCGUCCAUGUAGGCCUGUAGUAUAAAAUGUGAAUAUCAAUUCUGUUGCUCUUGAUGACCAUACUGAAAGUCUUUUGCAAAACAGUUGACUUCCACUUGUCUGUGUUGUUUUUUUUUAUAUAUAUACCCUGUACUUUAAAAUGCUGGAACUUUAAAAACCUGCAAUUUAUAUGUUAGCUGUAUGACACAGCCAUGAAGAUUUUUGCUUAGUUGAGACCUUUACCUUUCUAAAUGUUGCUAUGCAAGCAGAUAUUUGAGAGCGGGAAGCAAACUCUCCAUCAAUAAAAAAUGCAAAGGUAA